CUGGACAGUAAACACACUUAUAUUGUCGUUGUUGGUCUCGGGGACAUGUUGUGUAACUUAUUGACAUAACAACUUAUCCAACUGAUAAGAUAAUGUUGUUAUUACAGUAGAAAACAACAAAGUAUCAAGAUGAGGUGUGUGACCGGGCUAGCUAAAGCAGCAAGCGGGCGGCUACAUCACCACAAUGCUCUGCCCUGCGCCACAAAACAAGAUCGGGACUCACCUUCACAGCUUCUCCGCAGGACCAGCCAGCACGUUGGGCUAACCUCAGCUAGUUAGCUGCUAGCCUGCGUUGGAUGAGGCUUGGACACGUGACGUAAUGAUUACGUAAUGAUGGGGGAAAGAUUCCCACCUUUUUAGUGCGUGUUUACCGACUGGUCCACACGGAGUGAUGAUGUGGAGAUGAAAGGAGAGGACUUGGACAGAGGAGAGCUGAAGGAUGAAGACUUAGGCAGACCUGCGUGGGAGGAUUGAAAACCUUAUGGAAUAAAUACAAAGCUGAUCAAACUGCAGCAGGGCGGGACUGUUAGUAGAUGACAACCGUCGGCACGCCAAGAUGGAGUUCAAGUGGGCCAGGAGGUCCAGUGUGGCCGCGGGGUGCAAAGCCGAGUCCUACUCCGUGGCCACCAUCGACGGCACCAUUAACCCGGCGGCCCGCCAGCCCUCCGGCAGCUCCAGCCCCGGCUCAGGAGGAUCACGGCGCCCCGUCAGCGCCUUGAAGAAGUGGCUCACCAGUCCGGUCCGCAAGCUCAGCUCUGACGCCGGAGGAGGAGCGGGGCGGGCGGGGAAGCAUUGGCCGCCAUCGCUCCUUUUCCACAGCCGAGCGCACUCUUUGGACGUGCAUGACGACGACUGCACCGUCUUACCCUCGGCAGAUAUGGUGUGUCCAGGAACUUCGACUUCUGGUCAGCGUCACCUUUCGGACCUUCUGCAAGGCGGCGACUCAUUUAAUCUUAGCCAGAAAUCCAGCAGCAACACAGUCCAAAGUGAGGACCGCUGCAGUGGGACCGAGGAUGCAGAAAGCCGGUGGUCCUCGGACAGCCAGGAGGACAGAAACAUCGCCCUGGAGAAGAGUUUAUAUGUGCUGUCAGAGCUCAUAGAGACUGAACGCUUGUAUGUGGAGGAUCUUGGACUCAUCAUACAGGGCUAUAUGGCGACCAUGGCUGAUCAGGGCGUCCCAGAAGACCUUAAAGGGAAAGACAGGAUUGUGUUUGGAAACAUCCAUCAGAUCUAUGACUGGCAUAAGAGUUAUUUUCUGGCUGAGCUGGAGAAAUGUGUGGCUGAUCCCGACACCUUAGCCCAGCUCUUCAUUAAGCAUGAGCGUCGACUUCACAUGUACGUGGUGUACUGUCAGAACAAACCCAAAUCCGAGCACGUUGUCUCAGAGUACCUCGAGACCUUCUUUGAGGAUCUCAGGCAGCAGUUGGGUCACCGGCUGCAGCUCAAUGACCUGCUGAUCAAACCCGUUCAACGCAUCAUGAAGUAUCAACUUCUACUGAAGGACUUCCUGAAGCAUUACAGCAAAGCAGGCAGAGACGUGGAGGAGCUCCAGAAGGCGGUAGAGGUCAUGUGCUUCGUGCCCAAACGCUGCAACGACAUGAUGAACGUGGGCAGGCUGCAAGGCUUCGAGGGGAAGAUCACGGCGCAGGGGAAGCUUCUCCAGCAGAACACCUUCGCUGUGAGCGAGCAGGAGGGCGGCUUACUGUCCAGGGCCAAGGAGAGGAGAGUCUUCCUGUUUGAGCAGCUGCUCAUCUUCAGCGAGCCAAUUGACAAGAAAAAAGUCUCCUCUUUACCUGGUUAUACUUUUAAGAACAGCAUAAAAGUCAGCUGCUUGGGCGUCGAGCAGAAUUGCGGCGAGGACCCGUGCGGUCUGGUCCUGACGUCCCGUGGCACAAACGGCAGCGUGAGCCGCUACAUCAUGCAGGCCUCGUCCCCGGAAAUACGACGCACUUGGUUCAAGGACCUGAUGCAGAUCCUGGAGACCCAAAGGAACUUCCUAAACGCCCUCCAGUCUCCCAUCGAGUACCAGCGGAGGGAGAGCAAAUCCAGUAGCCUGGGCAGGAACAUGAAGUCUCCCGGUGGGCCGCGGUCUUCCUCGAGUGCAUCCAUGGACCGCCUUCAGCAGCCAGGCCUGCCGUCCCUCAACACCUCCCUGCCGUCGCUGCAUCCGGCCCGGCAGAGCCCAGCAAUGACCGCGAGGGUCUCGAACCCGUGUGCCACCACACGUCUGAAGCUCAGUUUGCGGCCGGAAGCGACGCCAAGCCAAGGGACGGCCCAACAGGGAGUGACUUCCAGCUUCCAGACCACCACACUUUUGGAUGGAGCGCCACCUGUGGAUGUUUGAUCAUAUCCUCAUGGAUUUAAAAAGACUUGAGUGUGUACCUUUUUUUUGUUUUUUUCCAGGUUCAAAUGUUUGGAGGGCGAAAUGCAUUCAAAAUGUAUUUCCAUUUAUCCGCAUGAAUAUUUUUCUACUGCAUCAUUGUCCCCUGCAAAGAGAGAGGAAAUGUGGCGUCCGCCUGGACAUUCACGGACAACUUGUCCGUACUUUUACAGGUUUUCCUUUUCAUCUGCUCGACUGUGAAUAAAAUCAAUCCA